AUGGGUCAGAUGCCGAAUCUGAAUUGGAGGGUGAAAAUGCGCCAAAGCACCGGCGUGUUCGGCAUGGGUGGUGCCCUGGAGCUUGUGGACGUGCCGAAGGAGACUGGUCGAGAACGCGAUCGCAUGAAGGAGGUUAUCACGAAUAAACCUUUGAUGCUGUUCGAUCUAGCGGAAACCUUACUAUAUCAGUCGAUGAUUCCCUCGAGCAGGUUGCGUUGCUUUGAACUGUUCAUUACCAAGUCUGAUGUCUCCCAUGCGGGUAGACUGGCCGAUUUCAUGGCGGACAUCGCCGACUCCGGCUUCGAAGAAAAGCUUCGGAUCUUAGCAUCGCUUGCCGUCAAGAUCAGGUUGGAUGGAUUUGGAAUAAGCACUUUGCAAAGCUUUCAGCCUGAGAUGCAAUUUGCAAUCAACGUCCUUCUCCCAAAUCGUAGACAUAAAAGUAACUACGGCCCCGAUCCACGAGAGGUGGGAAUAACCACUGAACAAGCUCAGCAGAGAAUCACCAACUCCACAUAUUGCGGAAUUCGCUAG